UGUGAUUUUGUAAAAAUUGAAGUGAUUUCAUAUCAACCCGGGAAAAAACAGAACCCCGAACACUGAGAAGAGUUUUACCACGCGUGUGUUUAGACCCAAGAUCCAACACAAGUUCGUAAAAUGCUAUUAAAACUCAGAGGACCGUUGUUAAUGCAAAAGAUCACUUUGUAAUGUUGUCUUUAGAUGAAAUUGCAUUGAAAAUUCGUGUAAUUUUACCAGCUGGCAGCAACAAAGUUAAAGGUUUUGUCGAUUAUGGUAACGGUGACAGACACCCUGAUAUCGCAGAUCAUGUUCUUGUUUUUAUGAUGAGAACUCUUGGAAAUAGAAAAAAGCAGCCGUUGAGUUACUAUUUUGUUCACAAAACUACGCCAACAAAAAUCCUAAAAGAUUUAAUUUUGAAAAAUAUCAAAGAUAUCGAACGUACCGGAUUUUUAGUUGUCGGUGUUGUUAGUGACCAAGGCUCCACAAAGAAAGCUGCGCUAUGUGCUCGACGAUCUGAAAAUUCAAACAUUAAUAACACUCUACUCAACACAUAUAUUUUAUUCGAUGACAUCGCUAGGAAAAUUCAUAUUCUCAGUGAUAUUGUACAUAUUUUGAAAACAACUCGAAAUAAUAUAUGUGGCGAUGUUGAUUCGUGGCUAAGAAAGCAGCCAGAUGGCCAAAAAAACAAGUUGCUAUAUCCUGGUAAUUGUAUUAAAUGGGGAUGGGAAAACAGGAUAUUGGCGGCACAUUGUUGAACUUUAUAUUUUCAAUCCGAAGCUCUCUGACAAGCUCACCUUGACUGAAGAACAUGUUUUUUCUACUGGAAAAACAACAAUGCGGGUAAAAUUUGCUGCUCAAGUCUUCAGUUGUACUGUGGCAAGAAGUCUAAGACAAAUGGCUUGUUAUAAAAUUAGUCAAGGCAUAAUAAAUGUUAUAGAACAUGACGAAAUUUGGGAGACAGCAGCAAUCUUGGAAGACACAGAUUUAAUGUUCGACUUAACAAAUGGUACAAACAAACUAAGUGACCCUAAAGCUAAAAGUAUAAGAUUUAAUGUUACCGCUUCAUCUCCGCAUAAAGAAUACUGGGAAAGGUACUAACAAAUUGCUAAAAACCGUUUUUGGUUUGAAUAUUGUAAUGGCAAAAAGGUCAAUACACCAACUCCGGAAGAUCUUGCUAU